UNCAAAUUAAUAAAUAAAUUAGACAUAAAUAAAAUAUUUUUUAGAAUGAAUCUAUUAAAGUUUAACAUGAUCUUGUCUCAAUCGAGCCGAUUGAUAACCUGGAAGAAUCAAAUCAUGUCUAUUAAAAAAUUAUUUAAUUUUAACUCAUCUGCGUUUAAAAAAUGAGCUGAAUUGAAAUCGAGUCCGAAUAGUUGAUUUGAAUUAUCAGCCCUACCCAGCCAAACUUUUCUUGGCUUUUCUGUUCAUCCUUACUUCUAUCUCACACAACACACACGUACUCACUAAACAAACAGAGAGCUGCCACUUGCCGCCACCAUUGCUUCUCCUACGUCACUCAUCAGCCUCCAUUAAUUUUCAGUUCUAACCAACAUAUAGAUAAGCAUGAAUCAAAUUUCAGCAAUGGUAAGUUCGUUCAACACAGGCUAUAAACCAUUUUCUGGUAUUGGGGAUUCGUGGGUCUUGAAUAGUUUGCCGAAAAAUGUUGGCCGUAUUUGAGAAAGGAGUGGCGAACCCACCGGAGGAGCUGAGUCUUCCGGCGGCGGGAAGGCCGAGUUUGAGAGCUAGGAAAGAAAUUGCAGAGAUUUUCCAGUCAUGGCGACGGGAUUCAACUCUGUAUGGCCUUUCGAAUGGGAACUUUAUGGCUUUGUCACACGAGGGCGAAUUUCCAUUGCAUCCAAGGUCCAUUGUUGUCAAGGAUGACAUUUUCUGCAUAUUCACUGGGUCUCUAAACAACACUUGUGAACUACGGAGACACUAUGGCCUUUCGAGACAAGUGACAGAAGCCAUGCUAGUAAUUGAAGCUUAUAAAGUCUUGAGGGAUCGGGCCCCCUACCCGCCUGAUCAAGUCGUCAAAGAACUUGAAGGAAAAUUUGCUUUUAUAUUGUUUGAUGCUAAUGCUGCUAACCUCUUUCUUGCCAGGGAUCGUGACGGAUUCAUGCAAUUUCACUGGGGAAUGGCCGGCGAUAGGUCCUUAGUCUGUUCGGAUGAUCCAAAAAUCAUAAUGGAGGCUUGUGGAAACUGUUAUGCACCUUUUCCUCCAGGCUGUUUAUUCAUGAACCAGAAUGGCCUAAUUAGCUUUGACCAUCCGCUUCACAAAGUAAGAGCAAGUGUGCGUGAAGAUAAUGAAGGGAAAAUUUGCUCUGUUAUUUUUCAAGUGGAUUUGUAUAAAAGACUCCACAGCAUCCCACGGACAGGUAGUGCUGCAAAUUGGGCGGGUGCCACUGUUGUUGAGGGGGAAUAAAGAGAUGAGUCUCUUCUUUCUUGUGAGAAUAAUGUAGAAACCAUGAUAGAAUGUUCUGAAACUCUGUUUUCUGAUGUAAAAACUAUGAAACGAUUUUCUGAAACUCGUUGUCGAUGUUUAUGUUCUAUGAAAUAAUGUGGUGUUUUAAGGUUUAAUUUCCAACCCCUUCUGUAGCAUAUGAUUAUCU